UAAUGGCUGCACCUUUGGUGCAUAACUAGAUUUAUUGAUAAACAUUUACAAAACAUAUAUACCACCCACAUAGUCUGCUACAUUUAUAGUUCCCCUCCCCUUUAUCCUGCUCAUUCUGUGGGACAUAGUGUGUUAGUGCCCUGCAGGAAUACUGGCACUAGGAACCUUUUAUCUGAUCUAAUUACUUUGUGACUCCUAUGCAUACGGCAGCAGCCCAUGUUCCUCAAGAUAUACUGUAAGCCAUUGUCCAACUAUGAAUGCAAUGGGAUUGGCCACGGGCCUUUAGCUAAACUACAUCUACAUAUGGCUGCAGUAUGUGAGAUAGAGUAGAGAUCCUGGGAAAGCACAUUAUAGAGAAUGAACAGGAUCAAAUGACACAGGUAGAACAGAGGUAACGUCAUGAUCAAGUGAAAAGUAACGUAUCCAGAGAACAAAAAUGUUGCUUUUUAAAAAUUACUUUCAUCUAAUGUUUUAGACUGCAUUGUAAAAUAAAUAACACAUAUUAGUCUGCACAAAGAAGCACAGUUGUCUGUAUAGCUGCUUUAGUAAUUAAUGUAAGCUGGAGCUGCCAUACAUCUUUGCUGUGAUAAAAUUCACUUUAGUCUACAUAUUCCAACACUGCAGAAUAACUUUGUAAGUGAAGAAAUAAAAUUGUGAAAAAAUAUAAAGAAUGAUUCAAAUGUUUUUAUUACUCAUACAAGGGCUACAUCACCAGUGCACUUACCUUUAUUUAACUGCUUGUACUAGACUCAUCAUUCUAAUUGUCGAUUGGCUGGUAUGGGUAACUGUGCUGGUGCAAUUUAAGCCUUAUGUAGUAAAUGAACAAAUGAAAAACAAAAUAUAAAAACAUAUGGAAACAUUUUUGUAACAAUCGAGUUGUUUUUACUAGAUAUAGAAUAAAGAGCUGUUGGUGAUGUCUUUUAAACACUCUACCUGAGUGGCUUUCUACCUGGUAAACAUGGCGGAAUCCGGCGGAGGUGAAUUUAUCUCCAUCCGGCAGAGCAGUAUGGCAGAUAAGGGCAGCAGUGUGAAAUGUACCUUUUCUGCUCCUGGCCACAGCACUACUCUCUUACAAGGACUGACGACACUGCGUGCUCAGGGCCAGCUGCUUGAUGUGAUUCUUACAAUAAACAAUGAAGUGUUUCAAGUUCACAAAGUGGUCCUCGCAGCUUGCAGUGACUACUUCAGGGCAAUGUUCACUGGAGGGAUGAGGGAAGCAAACCAAGAUGUUAUUGAGUUAAAAGGCGUCUCUUCUAGGGGACUUAGACACAUAAUUGACUUUGCAUAUAGUGCAGAAGUAACUCUUGACCUAGACUGCAUUCAUGAUGUCUUAGGAGCAGCAGUAUUUCUUCAGAUGGUACCAGUUGUGGAGCUUUGUGAAGAGUUUUUGAAGUCUGCAAUGAGUGUGGAAACUUGUUUGAAUAUUGGACAAAUGGCUACAACUUUUAGUUUGGCUUCUCUAAAAGAGUCUGUUGACACAUUCACAUUCAAGCACUUUCUUCAGAUUGCUGAAGAAGAAGAUUUUCUACAUUUGCCUUUGGAAAGAUUCGUUUUCUUUCUUCAAAGCAAUAAGUUAAAAAGCUGCAGUGAAAUAGAUUUAUUUCAUGCUGCAAUUCGUUGGCUGCAGUUUGACUAUUCCCGCCGAGCUAAUGCCAGCCAUGUCCUUUGCCAUAUUCGUUUUCCAUUAAUGAAGUCUUCAGAAUUGGUGGACAGUAUUCAAACAGUAGAUAUAAUGGUAGAGGAUGCAUUAUGCAGGCACUAUCUUCUGGAAGCUUUCAACUACCAAAUAUUGCCAUUCCGGCAGCAUGAGAUGCAAUCUCCUAGAACUGUAAUUAGAUCCGAUGUCUUUUCACUCAUUACAUUUGGCGGCACACCUUAUACAGAUAAUGACAGAACAGUGAGUAACAAGGUGUACUACUUACCAGAUAUAUGUUCUCGACAAUUUAAGGACCUAAAUGAAAUGGAAAUAGGAUGCAGCCAUGCCUGUGUUGCAGUGCUCGAUAAUUUUGUCUAUGUUGUUGGCGGACAGCUUUUACAGUACAGAAGUGGUGAGGGAGCUGUUGAUGUCUGUUUUCGGUAUGAUCCCCAUUUAAAUCAGUGGUUGCGCAUUCUGGCCAUGCAAGAGAGCAGAAUUCAGUUUCAACUCCAUGUUUUGAAUGGAAUGCUCUAUGCCACUGGUGGGCGAAAUCGUUCUGGAAGUUUGGCAUCUGUGGAGAGGUACUGUCCAAAAAACAAUGAAUGGACCUAUGUUUGUUCUCUUAAACGAAGAACAUGGGGGCAUGCAGGUGCCACACUUGGUGGAAGACUCUAUAUAUCCGGAGGCUAUGGAGUAUCUGUUGAAGAUAAAAAAGCUCUUCAUUGUUAUGAUUCGUCUGUAGAUCAGUGGGAGUUUAAAUCCCCGAUGAAUGAACCAAGAGUCCUGCAUGCAAUGGUUGGAACAAAAAAUAGAAUUUAUGCUCUUGGUGGACGGAUGGACCAUGUUGAUCGAUGUUUUGAUGUGUUGGCUGUUGAGUAUUAUCUUCCAGAGACUGACAUGUGGACAACAGUGAGCCCAAUGAAAGCUGGGCAGUCUGAGGCAGGUUGCUGCUUGUUGGAUAAAAAGAUUUAUGUUGUAGGUGGCUACAACUGGCACUUAAACAAUGUGACGAGUAUUGUCCAAGUAUAUAAUAUAGAAACUGAUGAGUGGGAAAGGGACCUUCACUUUCCAGAAUCAUUUGCUGGAAUAGCAUGUGCAUCAGUCAUACUACCACAAAUUAUAAAUCAGAGGUAACCAAAUAGGAAGUAAAAGGUAUAAACCUUCAAAUCUAUGACUAUUUUUUAUAUUCUUAAUAUAUUGCACAUUAAAUGCUAAACAACGUUUACGUUAUGUGUGGUUCUAUUCAAAUGUGUCUUACCUUAAGUGAUUUAGGUAUGUUUUGUGGACCAGACAAAUAGAAUAAAGUGUAAGGGGGAGGAUUGUGUUUUGAGAACAUGCAAACUGACAUUUCUACAGUAUUUGAAGGGAAACUGCUCAUCGUAAAACCAAAACAGCUUGUUGCAUUCAGAAUAGAAGGUUGACUCUUCAAGAGAAGAGACUACACUUGAUAUCUAAAACACUGGUGCUUCAACUUGUAGACUUUUCGCUUUGUGUAUUAAUGAGAUGUUUUUAGCUAGUUAUCCACGGAAAGAUCCACUUGUUUAUCAAGGUUCAAACAAAAAGGUAAUCAUUGACUAAUUUAGUACAACUAGCUAGCCAAAGGGCCCAUGUUAUCCCGUUUAUAUUCUCUCUUGUUUGUUAAAUUAUUGUGAGACCUUUGUUAUAAAUCAGUGUAAAAUGCUGUGUAACUUGCUUGCAGUAUCAAAUUAACUGAGCAUCAUGAUCCAUGUGGCCUGGUUGUUACAGCCAUUAAUUAGUAUACCUGGGAAUCAGGUAAUGCAGUGUUCCUUACUUACGU